AUGGCUUCCUCACGCGUGACUCAAAUUAGCAACCACCUCGCACUCAGGAACCCACAAACACCAGAUACCGGCCCAGCAGAUCCAUACGCAGUCAUUGAACAACCCCUCGGAACAGCCAAAAAGGUCCGCAUCAUCACAAUCGGCAGCGGCGCAAGCGGCCUGAACAUGAUCCGCACCUUUCGCAAGCAACUUACAAACUUUGAACACAUUGUCUAUGAGAAGAACCCCGAAGUCGGAGGCACAUGGUACGAGAACCGCUAUCCGGGGUGCAAGUGCGAUAUCCCCUCGCAUAACUAUCAAUUCUCCUGGAUGCCGAACAAGGAGUGGAGCAGCUUUCUGUCUCCGGCGGAAGAGAUCCAGGCGUACUUGUGUCGCUUGUGCGAUGAUGAGGAUUUACGACGUCAGAUCAAGACUAAUCAUCUCGUAACGGGAGCGUUUUGGGAUGAAGUCGCUGGAAUAUGGACGGUUAGGGUGAAGAAUUUGGAGGACGGUGUGGAGUUUGGGGACCAUUGCGAGUUUUUGCUCAACGCGAGCGGGAUUUUGAAGUAUGAUUAUGCCCCUGAUUUCAUAGCGUGCCCGUGGCCAGAUAUCCCCAGUUUACAAGACUUUGCAGGUUCUCUCCUCCACAGCGCCAACUGGGAUGAGACAUUUGACUGGAAAGGAAAACGAGUCGCAGUAAUAGGCAAUGGCUCAUCGGGAGUUCAAAUCGUUCCGGCUGUACAAAAAGGCAAAGACGCGAAGGAAAUGAUUCACUUUAUUCGUGGGCCAACUUGGAUAAUGCCGCCGCGAGUUCAGACAUUGCUGCUUGGAAAGGCAAAGCAAACGAUGGAGCAGAUUGAAUUAGACGAGGAUGAGAACUUCACGCCAGCACAGAUUGCGAAGUUCAAGUCCGAUCCCGCGCUAUAUAAGUCAUUCGUCAAGGCUAUAGAAGAACAAGUUAACAAUAACUUCUUCAUCGUUUUGAAAGACUCGGAAACACACCGACAAGCCACGCAAGGCGUCACUCAAUACAUGCAAUCUGCACUCAAUAACGAUCAGAAGCUGAUCGAUAUUCUGAUCCCCUCGUUCCCUAUAAGUUGUCGUCGAAUGACGCCAGGCGUCGGAUACUUAGAGUCUCUGACGAAACCCAAUGCAAGAGUCAUCUCGGGAGGAAUCGCCCGCAUAGUCUCAGACGGCCUGAUUACAGAGUCUGGAGAACACGUUGCGGUCGAUGCUAUCGUGUGUGCCACUGGAUUCGAUGUCUCGUUUCGCCCACGGUUCCCUAUCGUCGGGCGAGGGGCAACAAAUCUCCAAGAUAGCUGGGCCAAGGACAUACCGAAAGCCUACAUGUCUUGCGCGGUCCCCGAGAUGCCCAACUACUUUGUCUUUCUCGGCCCCAACGCCCCCAUCGGCCACGGCAGCGUCUUCACCAUAACCGAACUUCUCGCAAAAUAUGUCGCCGGUAUUAUCCAAAAAUGCCAAACCGAGGAUAUCAAAUCCAUCAGCCCCAGCCUCGACGCAGUCAAUGAAUUGUACGAACACACGCAGGCCUUCAUGCCACGCACAGCAUGGGCCGGGUCCUGUAGAUCUUGGUUCAAAGGCGGCGCUGUGGAUGGACCUGUGACAGCACUCCAUCCUGGGAGCAGAAUCCACUUUUUCCACAUGUUGGAGAAUUUUAGAGGGGAGGACUGGGAUUAUGUGUAUGAGAAGAAGCGAAAUCGGUUUGCGUACCUUGGGAAUGGGCUCUCUACGAAGGAGUUGGAUGGGUCUGAUUCUACCUGGUAUUUGAAUGAUCCGGAUGUGGAGGGGAAGUAA